GCAAUCUUCGGCCGCGCAAAUGUCUAUCGGCCAUCGCUGUUAACCCGGCGGGGCAGUAACCGGCCGGGAGAAAUGCGGCAUCCGAUUGCUUUACUACUUGUAAUUAUGCCUCUCUUCUUUUCAGCCGCCGAUUCCGCUGGAAGCUUUGCCGGGUUUCCGAACAUCCGCCUUAAGUCUGGUGUCACUGGACUCUGUUCUCACCUCAUCCAACCUGCCGGUUUCUCUUGCUCGGAGCACUCCACGGAAACUAAGGAUGGAUAUGUUCUUGGGCUACAACGGGUUGGGUCCGGCUCAGGAAUUGUCAAUGGCGAAUUGGGUCCCCCCGUUCUUCUCCUUCACGGUCUUUUUAUGGCAGGAGAUUCGUGGUUUCUGAAUUCUGCCAACCAAUCGUUGGGAUUUAUACUUGCUGAUCAUGGAUUUGAUGUUUGGGUUGGAAAUGUGCGAGGAACUCGCUGGAGCCAUGGACAUGUAUUUCUAACUGAGAAAGAUAAGGAUUUCUGGGACUGGAGCUGGCAAGAGUUGGCUCUUUACGAUCUAGCAGAGAUGACACGCUAUGUAUAUUCAAUCACAAACUCAAAGGUUUCCAUUGUGGGGCACUCUCAGGGCACAAUAAUUUCUCUGGCCGCUUUAACCCAGCCAAAUAUAGUAGAAAUGGUUGAAGCUGCAGCACUCCUUUGCCCUAUUUCGUAUUUGGAUCAUAUGACAUCCACUUUUGUCCUUAGAAUGGUCAAGAUGUAUCUUGAUGAGGUGAUUCUUGCGUUGGGCGUGCAUGAACUUAAUUUCAAGAGUGUCUUGGCCACUCGCAUCAUGGAUAUGAUGUGCGAUGGACAUGUUAACUGUGAUGACAUGUUAUCAGCUAUCACAGGGAAGGACUGCUGUUUCAACUCUUCCAGGAUUGAUCUCUAUCUUGAUUAUGAACCACACCCAUCAUCCACAAAGAAUUUGAUUCAUCUUUUCCAAAUGAUCAGGAAAGGCACUUUUGCAAAGUACGACUACGGGCGAUGGAAAAACUUGAUUCUUUAUGGCCAAAGGAACCCCCCGGAAUUCGACCUUAGCGAGAUUCCUCAAUCCCUGCCUUUGUGGAUGGGCUACGGAGGGAAUGAUGCCUUGGCCGACGUGGCAGAUGUUGAACACACACUGAGGGAGUUGAAAGGGAAGCCGGAUGUGCUGUAUCUAGGCGAUUAUGGUCACAUUGAUUUCAUUUUGAGUGUAAGGUCCAAAGAAGAUGUUUAUGACAGCAUGGUUGGGUUUCUCAAGUCAUUGCAGAAAGCAAGCAAUUUGUAAGAUAUGAAUGAAUGGGUUAUUUAACAAAUACUCCCUUCUUCACCAUAAAAAUGUCUAGUUUGUAGUGAUUUGUGCUUUUAGUAUGACAAGUAAGGCCUUUUUGUACUUUUUUUCCACUAUUAACUAUUUCUUCUGUUUCUAAAUCUGCAGAUACUACGUAUAUGAAUUUGCUGAACUGUGAAUACAUGUAUCAUAUAAGGACCAUGCUACACUUACACCAAAAAAUAUACCCCAUUUGUACACCACAGGAAGAAUAUAUAUAUAUAUAUAUAUAUAUAUAUAUAUAUAUAUAUAUAUAUAUAAUGGGGCAAUUGCACAAGCGAAAGAACCUCGGUCUCACCAGAAGACCAAACACAUCGUUAGACGUUAUCACAUCAUACGAGAAAUCGUUGCACGUGGGGACGUUGAGAUUUGCAAGAUAGGUACAGACGACAAUAUCGCGGAUCCGUUGACGAAGGCUUUGGGAAAGCCUAAACACGAGAGUCAUACGUGGUCCAUGGGCAUUCGAGAAAUGCUUGAUUGGCCUUAGGGCAAGUGGGAGAUUGUUGUAUUUAGGUGCCCUAGCGGCAAUCAAAUACCUAUGUAACU